GGUUCGGUUCAGUUCAGUUCAGCGCUCACGAGACACGGGAGACAACCGGACCGGACCUCGACCAAACCCAAACCCACCACACCAUCCUCUCCUACCCGGAUUGCUUCUUCCUUCUCCCGCACCGCAACGCAGCCGAGCCGAGGAGCAUCCAACGAGGCCUUUUCUUCUGCCGCCGGGUGGACUCAAGGAUUGCCGAGGGUUAAGAGCGGAUCAUGGCGCGGAUGCUAAGGUCGGCGGCUGGGAUGCAGAGGGCCAUCCACCGCAGCGCACCGUCGAUCCGCGGCCGUCCCGUCGAACCAAAGGUUGAUACAUUGAUUGAGACGCUGAAGGACACAGGUGUUUCUUCAGUGAACAAAGAAUUUGUGCACCAAACUGCUCAUAGUAUUGAUCUGGCUCGUGAGGAUAAGGUGGUUUGGAAGGUUACCGAGGCCGGGCUGAUGGCGGUACUAAUCGCGAGUGGGUUGACAUUUGGGAGCACGUUAGUCUUAGAAUCUGAUAGGUUGAGGAUGAGCAAGAGAGGAAGGAAGGUGGUGGAGAAGGCCUAGUAGAGAGAUGCAGUGUAUUGUUUGUCUGCGUACCAGGGUGUUAUGCUCAAUAAAAAUUUGAAUCGUGUGUUGAAUGAUGCCAUGGAACCAUAGAUGGAAGUGAGUUUGAUGAAUCGUGUGUUGAUGAAUAUUGUUAAGUCCCGCCUAUAUUUCCUUUGUUCCUAGCUCAUGAUGGAUAGCUCCAUAAA